UGAGAGAAAGCGGGCGGCGAGGAGACCCCGGGCGGCGGCGGCGGCGGCGGCGGCGCGGGGUUGGGGGGUGGGGCCGGCGUCUGGCAAGGGGCAGCGGCGAUCCGGGAGGGCUUCCCGGAGGCGGCGGUUGUGCCUCCUGAGCUCCAGCUCGGGGCCGCCCCAGCUGCACUAUGGAUCUGCUGUUUGGGCGAAGAAAAACUCCAGAGGAGCUGCUGCGGCAGAACCAGCGGGCCCUGAACCGGGCUAUGCGUGAGCUGGACAGGGAGCGUCAGAAGCUGGAGACCCAGGAGAAGAAAAUCAUCGCAGACAUCAAGAAGAUGGCCAAGCAGGGCCAGAUGGAUGCUGUGAAAAUCAUGGCCCGAGACCUGGUGCGAACGCGCCGCUACGUCAGCAAGUUUGUGAUGAUGCGGGCCAACAUCCAGGCCGUGUCCCUGAAAAUACAGACGCUCAAGUCCAACAACUCUAUGGCACAAGCCAUGAAAGGCGUCACAAAGGCCAUGGGGACCAUGAACAGACAGCUGAAGCUGCCCCAGAUCCAGAAGAUCAUGAUGGAAUUUGAGCGCCAGGCAGAGAUCAUGGACAUGAAGGAAGAGAUGAUGAAUGACGCCAUCGAUGAUGCCAUGGGCGAUGAGGAAGACGAGGAGGAGAGUGAUGCUGUGGUGUCCCAAGUGCUGGAUGAGCUGGGCCUGAGCUUGACCGACGAACUAUCCAACCUCCCUUCCACAGGCGGCUCCCUCUCUGUGGCUGCAGGGGGCAAGAAGGCCGAGCCUUCUGCGGCCCUGGCUGAUGCUGAUGCAGACUUGGAAGAGCGCCUUAAAAACUUGAGGAGGGACUGAGCCGGCAGGGAGGGAAGAGGGUGUGCUACCCCUACCAACAAUAAAGUUUUUAACUGGCCAACAUAA